AGAGGCAGGUGGGGAGGUCAUGGGCUGACAUGGGGGGACAUCGGCCUAAUCUGGCGUUAGGCUAAACCGCUUGCGGCUCAUUGGGCGAGAUGCCUCGACCCCUAGCAUUGGCCGCAACGCCUUCUUGCGUUCUCCCAUCAACCUUCCAACGCUAACGCGUAGAAUGUCUUCUAGAUACCCCUGCGGUGUAAAGCCACGCUGUUGUAUACCCGCGCAUUGAGCCGCAAAAGGCAUAGAGAGGUCAUGACAUUUUCGUCCGGCGAGUACAGGUGUAGAUAUGGGUUCGUACGAAGGUACAACACUAUCUGUGAUAAAUAUCGUUCGCUGGAUCAUCCUCCAUUGUCACUUUUAGGUUCAAAGUUAUCGUCGUCGGAACAGAUCCUAUCCACUGAACCUACAAAGUGAUCGUCGCUUUUCAUCUGCCACCUCACAGCUAUGACAGUCACAGCAAGCAUCGACAUCGCAUCCUCACCGGCAGAUGUCCGCGCAAAAUUUCUCGACUUCGCAUCCCUACCCAAGUACCACAAAGGCUUCUUCGCCUCUUUGACCCCACUCGGCCCCGUCGAACCCGAGAACAAGAUACGCGUUGUCUUUUCGUCGGGACAAAAAAUGGAUGCUCCGAUCGAACAUAACACACCUACCUCCUUUGCAUGGACAGGGUCUAUACCGCUUCUGUUUGCAGGCACACAUUCAUUCACUUUCGAGCCCAGUAGUACUAUUCCAGGUGGCACGAGGUUCACGCAAGAAGAAGUCUUCAGCGGCGCGCUAUCCUUUCUCAUGGGUGAAAACGCGGUGGCACGAAAGUUCGGCUUCCCGGAAAAGACGAAGAAGGGAUGGGAGGGCUACAACAGUGACUUGAAGGCUUGGUGUGAAGCGCAGUGACAUAUAUAUUUGUUUAAUCUUUUCGUUCCGGGUAACUGGAGCUGCGUAAUACACUUCAUGCCAAAGAAACAUAGACCGCCAUAGACUUCUUCCAUACGUAACGGCUCG